UCUAGUCCCAAAUAUACUUGCUUGCUGCGAUACUAGCUUGAUGUGUGUUUGAAUCGUAACGAAAAAAAAACAAGCCGCGUCUUCCUCGCAUUGCGCGUCAUUCAAACAGGACUCAGUGUACUGCUUUCCCCUCUGUUGCAUUAGUAAUAACAGCGGCGUUGACGGGAGACAGCAGGAGAGAGUGUGUGUGUGUGUCUCCGACAGCGGUGCCCAGCGGAGGAAUAUUGAGCUUUUUAUUUACUCUGCAGCUUGUUGUUCAUUUUCUCUGCGUUAUGGUGAACUUGUACAGUCACGUGUGAAGAUCUCUGCAAACAUAGAGGACGACGACUUCUCACCUGGUGUGUCCCUUUGACUUUACCGCGAGGAGAAUAUACCUGCCAUUUUUUUGUGAGAGACUAACGAGGUAGUGGGAGCUGCUGAACUCUUCGGGCCUGUCCUCUGAUCAGCUUUCACCCCUGGAUUAGCUGGAUCGACCCACCUUGUUCAAGCCGCAGGGUGCACAGGUGUUCCCUCCUCAGUUAUGCAGAUAGCUGACAUCGCUGGACUCCUUCCACUCCUGUGACGGACAACAACUGCAAGUUCUCUCCCUUAGGGAUGAAAUAUGCACACUCUGCGCCCGUAGAAAAAAGCAGACAACACACACUGUAAAGUCCAAAGUGGUUUUAAAUCAUGAUGAUGCAGGAGUCGGCCACAGAGACAAUAAGCAACAGUUCAAUGAGUCAAAAUGGAAUGAGCACCCUAAGCAGCAGCCAAUUAGAGGCUGGCAGUAGAGAUGGGAGAUCAAGCGCUGGUGACACGAGCAGCGAAGUAAGCACAGUCGAGCUGCUGCAUCUGCAACAACAGCAGGCCCUACAAGCAGCGAGGCAAUUACUCUUGCAGCAGCCAGGCAGUGGCCUGAAAUCCCCAAAGAGCCAGGACAAGCAGCGUCCACUGCAGGUUCCAGUGUCAGUGGCCAUGAUGAGUCCCCAGGUGAUCACGCCGCAACAGAUGCAGCAGAUCCUCCAGCAGCAGGUGCUCUCCCCACAGCAACUCCAGGCCCUGCUCCAACAGCAGCAGGCUGUAAUGUUGCAGCAGCAACACCUGCAGGAGUUUUAUAAAAAACAACAGGAGCAGCUUCAUCUGCAGCUUCUCCAGCAGCAGCACCCUGGCAAGCAGGCUAAAGAGCAACAGCAGCAGCAGCAGCAGCAGCAGCUGGCCGCCCAGCAGCUCGUCUUCCAGCAGCAGCUCCUGCAGAUGCAGCAGCUCCAGCAGCAGCAGCACCUGCUCAACAUGCAGCGGCAGGGCCUGCUCUCGCUGCCUGGGCCCGCUCCCGGCCAAGCCGCCCUGCCCGGACAAACCCUGCCCCAGUCAGCUGGCCUAAGCCCCGCGGAGCUCCAGCAGUUGUGGAAGGAUGUGACCGGAGGCGGCAACAGCGGGGGUGGCGGCGGUUUAGACCUCUCCACCAACAACUCUUCCUCAACUACCUCCUCCUCUAAUCCCGCCAAAGCAUCGCCGCCCAUCUCUCACCAUUCCAUCGUCAAUGGACAGUCCCCCGCCCUCAACCACAGAAGAGAGAGAGAAAGGGAACGGGAAAGGGAGCGAGAGAGUUCACUACAUGAAGAAAGUGGAGGGACCCACCCCCUGUAUGGCCAUGGCGUGUGUAAGUGGCCCGGCUGUGAGAACAUCUGCGAGGACUACGGACAGUUUUUGAAGCACCUAAACAGUGAGCAUGCCCUGGAUGAUCGGAGCACAGCCCAGUGUAGAGUCCAAAUGCAAGUCGUACAGCAGCUGGAAAUACAACUUUCUAAAGAACGUGAGCGUCUUCAGGCGAUGAUGGCCCACUUGCACAUGCGGCCCUCGGAACCCAAGUCAUCUCCCAAACCACUCAACUUGGUCUCCAGCGUCACCAUGUCCAAGAACUUGCCCUCAACAUCGCCUCCCAACUUACCUCAGACACCAACCACGCCCACAGCACCUAUCACACCCAUGGCUGCCAUGCCCCAGGUGCCAUCAGUACUGGGAGGAGCAAACGUCCCCAGUAUGGGAGCCAUGCGCAGACGCCACUCGGACAAAUACUCCAUGCCUCUGUCGUCAGGUGGUGACACAGUAUUUAUUUUUCCAGAGAUUGCCCCAAACUACGAGUUUUAUAAGAACGCAGAUGUCAGACCGCCAUUUACUUAUGCAACCCUCAUAAGACAGGCUAUCAUGGACUCUGCCGACAUGCAGUUAACGCUUAAUGAAAUCUACAGCUGGUUCACACGCACGUUCGCAUACUUCAGACGCAACGCUGCGACUUGGAAGAACGCCGUUCGCCACAACCUCAGUCUGCACAAGUGCUUUGUGCGCGUGGAGAACGUGAAGGGGGCGGUGUGGACCGUAGAUGAGAUGGAGUACCAGAAACGCAGGUCGCAGAAGAUCACAGGAAGCCCAUCACUUGUCAAGAACCUGCCCUCCAGUCUUGGUUAUGGAAGUGCACUAAACGCCAGCUUACAGGCUGCCCUGGCAGAGACCUCCCUGCCUUUGCUGGGGACCCCCGGCCUCAUGACCAGCGGCUCCACGAUGGGAGGCAGCUGCCACGGCCUCCUCGGUGGAGACCCCUCCAUCUUGACGGGCGGAAGUCCGCCCGGGUUGUUGGGAGGGAGUCCACCUGGACUUUUGGGCGGGAGUCCACCGGGACUGAUGGGUGGCAGCCCCCCAGGUAGGCUGAGCGGCAGCCCCCCCACACUGAUGCAUUCCGCCCACGAGGGUCUCAACGGUUCACUCGACCACCUGGACACCAACGGACAUGGCAGCCCCGGAUACUCCCCACCAGUACACAUGCCACCCAUUCACGUGAAGGAGGAGCCACUUAACAUGGAUGACGAUGACUGUCCGAUGUCACUGGUGACAACAGCCAAUCACAGUCCAGAGCUGGACGAUGACCGGGAGCUGGAGGAAGGGAACUUAUCGGAAGACCUGGAGUGACUAGGAUACAGUUUUUGGUCGACCUUUCCCUUCCCCCAGCCGCACUGUUUCUCUCACACAGACCUCCUGCAAAACCAGAAACCACUCCACAGUCCAAGCAACCACAGCUGACUCUCUCUUCUGUCUCUCUCACCACUGGGACUAUUUAUUGAGCAUGCAUCCGGAAGGAGACCGGUCCAAAGGAACUCUUCGUUGCAGCCCUUUGGGAUCCCCAAACAUGACAGGCAUGAGAUGUCUGAUUAAAAGAAUUAACUCUUUGAGACCUAUUUCAUUAGAGAUGGCGUGGCCACAUACAGUACAAGGAUGAUAGACUCAUGGAUGGGGGGUGGGGGGGACAUGAAACAAAUGAGCAAAUCAUGUUCCGUUGAAAGCUAGCGGCCUCAUAUACUGCCAAAAAGGAAGACGUUUUAUGUUUGUGAAUAAUCCAAGCCCCAGUAGUUGUUCAUGUCUAGAGACAAUUGCUGGUUCAAUUCAAGUUGUUGCUUUGUUAUCAUUUGCACAGGAGUAGUCUCAGAAAUUUGUGUCACUGCCUGUAUGUUGCUACUAUUAUGAAAACCAGUAUAUAAUUUUGGCUUCUUUUUUUAACCAUCGUUAAUUUCCAAAUCUGAUUUUAGACACCACCAACUGUAUAUGCCAUUCCCUGAAUCACACCAAUAACAGAACUGCGGUACCAAGACCAUUGUUGCAACUGUCCAGAAAAAAAAGAAGAACGAAAAAAAGUUGGCUUCCAGUCUAAUAUCUAUUUGUGGGGAAAAAAAGCUGGAAAUUAAGUUGGGGGGGGAUAAUAGUUUGUAUAAAGCACCAUUUACAAAACAAAUGCAUUUCUGCAUAAUUUUCUUCUUGCUGUUCUCUUUACCUCCUCGUUCUAAAGCUUUGUCUACCUGCAAACAGUCACAGGCAACAGCUAGAAACCAAAGCCAACACUAGCAAUGGCCAAUAGCUUAUAGACAGAAGCCACCAAACUCCUCUUGGUCCGUCUUCUGUGACUUUAAACUAGUACAAAGAGAAGCUUUUGUUCCGCAAACUACCUUUGAAUAACCUCUGGGAUUGUUUCAUUUAGCCCUAUACAAAGAUGAUCACGAGAAAGCGAGAGGGGGAAAUACAUGCUGAUUUUGAUGUGUAAUUUGAUAACUCAUAGAAGUCCACUGUGGAGAUGUUCUGCCAGACGUGCUGUAGGUAAAAGGUGAUGUGAUAUUUGAACUGCAGGCAUUUUUGUGCUGGUGAUCUGACUGGUAGAGAGCAGCUAACUGUAAAAGUGGAUCAUGACCAAAACAAACCAUUUGUGUAUUCAAUGGAAGUGCAGAAGCAUUGUUGUUUUGCAUAUAUAUUUACUUUGUGUUAUGCAUUACACAUCAGACGUCAUUGUUUUCUUUUAUUUUCAUGAUUUUUUUCUAACCUGGUGAAUAUGUAAUGUUCUAAGUGGGACUGUCAAAAUAAUGUCACGUCUUAUUUCCGUGGCGGUUUUGUUUCCGAGCCGCGUUGAAACCGAAACUGAAAACAUCGCUAACCAAACAUGAAAAAUAUCUAGUGAAGCCAAAUAAGUCAUAAUUUCAAGUUGAUAUGAAAUGGCUUGGUUACCAUGUAAAAGCAAAUAAUAAUAGCCAUUUCAGAAGAGGAUAUCUAAGGUGAAAGGUAACCUUUUCUAGGUGAUAUUUGCUUUAACGUCAUCAAAUACUCAUUGUGUGGUUCCUAGCUUCUAAUUUCUAUAUAGAUACAACUGGUGUUAGCACUGAUGUACUCUGUAUAGGUAACCAGCUUUUUAUAACACACUUGGUAUUAAACCAGACUAAAGAGAAGUAGUUAUUGUGGAGACUACGCCCCAUCAUUUACUUCACAGCUAAUGUCAUCUAGAAAAGUGUUGUUGCUUUAAAGGUCAUUUCUGUUUUCAGUAAACCAAAGUUACACAAAAUUCUGCCUCCUCUUGUAUGGGAUAAAGAAAUGCUAAAACAACUAUACACACACACACACACCCUGUCAGUGACUAGCAUACAUGCGCACAAACAGACACACACAGACCCUGAGCUUUUGGUCUGCCAACCUUCUUGUUUCGGUUUAGCUCUCCAGCUGCAAAAAAUGUAUGCUGUCAAAGAACCGACGAGUUGCUUUGUAUUGUGCUGUAACGACCAAAAUUUCCACUGUGCAUAUGUUGUUUUCUAGUGUGGUGCCAAGCCAAGGAAUUGGCUGUAAGAGCUUAAAACACAGACACGUGCAGGACUGUACAAACACACAGCAUGUGACGUACACACACACACACACACACACAUCCAUGCCAGUUCCACGUCAAGAGGUUACUGGGCCCAGGAACAAACCUUAUCCCUUCAAUACUUAGCUGGAGUCAGCAAAAUGACUUGAAGACGACGUUCUUAAUAAUCUUAUCACACCAAAUAAAAAGGACACUGCGUCUUUCUUUAAAAAAAAAUAAGAAAAAAAGGGUUCUCCCACUCACCCAAAAAGGCUUUCUAAAAGCUUCUACCUCUGCACAAGAAAUUCAGAACAAUUAUGACGGAUUGCACGAGUUAUUAGAAUGCCACAAGAGCUGUUACAUUUUACUACGCUUGUCUCAUAGGACGUGGCUCAAACCAACGUUUACAUUCCCUGCGUCAAGAUAUGGAAGAUUUGCAUUGUAAUAGGUUGUCCUCAAACAUUUGUAGAAUGAUAAUGUAUAGAUUACCUGUAAGGGAAUAUUGUGUUUUAAAAAUGCAUGUCUAAAAAUCAUUUGGUGGACUGGAAACAAGAACCAAUAAAAAGAAUAUAAUAAAAAUCAUCGGGACGAUGGCCUAAAUGUACGUACAAUGCAUAGGAGUGCGUUACCUCAGAUAUACAGUUUUGGGAGGGAUAAAACCUGUCAGCCACAGAAUGCAUAUUACCUGUAGAUUUGCAUGGGUUUUGUAUAAAUUAAGUAAAAAAAAAAAGUCUAAAAUAGUUGCUUGCACAUAAUACCAGAAAGACCUCCAGAACUGCGAUCUGCUCCUCCACUAGAUUUUAGGAUUGUCUGGAUUUUCUGGGUUGAUUUUGUCUGUAUUUUGAUAACUGUGCAUACUUAUGUAAAAAAAAUGUUGGUGGACCCAUAAAUUUACCAGACUUUUUUCUAAGAGGAAAAAAAAAUCUCAGUGUUUCUUUUCUGACUUACCUGAAUUUUUACUGUUUCUCUCUCAUUGCUCGCUAAGAAUAGCAAACCUGCUUUUUCUGCAUCUGCUUUGCGUAGCUGUAAGGCUUAACCUAAUGUGUGUAUUUAUUGCUUGUACCUCUGUGCAUACUUUAUGAAGCAUUAUGUCUGGCAGUUGAGUCAUGUAUCCUUUCUACUGCUAUCCUCUAAUAAUUGGGAAUAUGAUCCCCCUAUGUAUACAGUAAAUUGGGACUGUAGCAAACAUAUGUUUAUGUAAUUGGUGAAAACUUUUCUUUGAUUUAAUUUCCUUUUGAGAUUCAACUACUUUUUUUGAUACUUUUCAUUACUGUGUACUGUGUCCAUACGUUAAAGGUUCUCUGACAUUAGAAGGUCAUGGUUGAGAAUUGUAACAGACGUUAUUAUUUUCUGUAUUCAUGGCAUUUCACUGCUGAAUAAAAUAAAGGACCAAAACUUGGAAAUUUGAAAA